UAAAGAUAGGCAUGUUGAGGAGUUUCAAGAACUGUAUGACGUUCAAACCUUACUUGCUGCUCGCGUUUGCGUGCCUAGCGGGCUAUGUGGCGGUGAACAUCACCCAGGGCUGUCUGCUGUUGUACUUCAAGUAUGUCAUCGACAAAGAGAGUAUCUUCACAGUGGCCAUGCUCGCUCUAGUCAUCAGUGGUGCACUCAGCAUACCCCUUUGGAAACUACUCAUAGGCAAAUAUGGGAAGCGGAAGGUGUCGUUCUGUGCGGUGGCCAUCACAGUGCCCGCCUUCUCCAUGCUCAGUGUCAUCACCAAAGACAUCACCACCCCCUACCUCAUCGCAUUCGCCGUCAUCACUGGACCUGGCUGUGCGUGCGGAUUCUACAUUCCAUGGGUUCUUCUUCCGGACGUGAUUGACGCGUACACUGUUGAGUUCAACCAGCGCAACGAGAGCAUCUUCUAUGGGUUCUUCGUCUUUCUCUCCAAACUAGCUGCUGGUUGUGUCACUGGCGGAACCAUGAUCACUCUCAAAGUGCUCGACUACGAUGCGACAAAAUGCGACCAAAACGAAUCGGUGAACAUGGCUCUGCGUGUGAUAUGCGCAGCUUGCCCCACUUUUUUACUGCUUCUAUUCGGAAUAGUCAUGUAUUUUUUCCCGCUAAACGAGGCGAAAAUGGAAGAAAACAGGAAGUAUCUGCAACGAACUUUCUUUUCGCACACUGUAAACGUGAACAAAGAUGAACAAAAUGCAACUUCAACAAAUGCAGUUGUUCCUUGUGUGAACAAUAGUUCGUUCAGUAAUACACGAGUGAGGACUUUGUCUUCGGAUUUUGAUGCACAACGGGAGGGUUCUGGGUCUAUAGUAUCGUCUCUAAAUCGACCUCAAGAUUCUGGCGGAGGACAUCCAAAUGGAGCGAGACAUUCAUCUCAGGGUUCAUCACCAGUGCCAAUACAAUUCACAAGUGAUUUACAAUUUGAGUACCAAAAAUCACCAGAGGGGCGCGAUAGCGCAAGAAGCUUAUCACAGGUGCCUGAAAAUGAAAGCACAGUUGAAAUGUCCAAUGAUGUGAAUGAUUCUAUGAAAAACACAACAGCAGUUGGAGUGUUAAAUGGAAAAGGAAAAACGAAUCAUGUUUCUUAUGAAGAUGAGCGAAAAAUUGGUCGUAGUAGGUCAAGUUGUAGUUCAAAAUCAGAUGAUAAGACCAGUCCGAAAGCUUCCAGAAGAUCCCCCGAACCCGGGUCGUCAAAAGUAGGGCCCACUAAACCGAUGCAGAGCAAUAAUACCCAAGUUGUUAACAAUACCAACCAAUUUGCAGCUUCAAAUUAUAAGUUCCCGCCUGCUAGGAGAAAAGAUUACGAACUUCUAACUGUACGACACUCAUUGCCGACUAUUAUAGUAGCCCCGGGCGACCAAAAAAGUAAAUUUCAUUCUUCGAUGAAAUCUCACGCUGGAUCGCACGCGAGAAAAAUGAGUUAUUGCAGUAAUUCCAAUACGCAAAAUUCAAGUCAAACUCGAAGCGCGAAGCAUAAACGAGUCAUGAGUGAUUUUGCAUCUAGAGCUUGAUUGGCUCAGCGAGUGUGAAUGAUGAAUUGUGAUUGGCUGAUUUGCAAAGUGACUACCAAUCCGUGAUUGGUUAAAAAACGAGACAAGCCUGUGGUUGAUCAAACUUGUUCUAACCUGAUCUAACUUGAUUUUUUAAGCACCCAUUCAUUUAAGUUCUGGCGAACAGUUGUUAAAAUUGAAAUAGCCGAACCCUGCAUGAUAAGCGGUUUCUGAUUUCAAAACAUUCGCUUAUUAAUUGAAUAUUUUACUGACAUAUAAGCUCUUACUUUCUAUUAAAUUGCAACAUAUGGCAAUCGAAUCUUAAAUCAGACCAAAAUGUGCCCAUUGGAUAAGUUUCGCCCUGUUUUUUGGUAGAAUGAUUUGAACGGGUGCUUACGCUUUUUCUGCUGUUCUGAGACCGAAUCUAACUAGUUUCCUUUCGCAAUUCGGACCUUAUUUGAAAUACUCGAUGCCAAUAGCAAGUUACUGCUAAAUUUCGCUCCCAAUUUUUUCAUGUGCAUUAAAAGUAAGAAAGCGUGAAAUGGAAUCUUUUCAGGUGUCAAUGUUACACAAAAGGAUAACAAAUGAUAAUUAGUUUUUUUUUCUAUUAAAAUUCAUUUGAGCACUCAAAUGGAUUGAUGUCUAAUCGUGUUACAAACUAAUCUGUCUUAAAAAGUUUUGAAGGAAUAUGAUAAUUGUAUAUUUCUGUUUGAAAAUUCAGCAAAUUUGUUUGUACAUCGAGUAAAAGAUUCCUAAUGUUAGGUAAUCAGGAGCUAAUUGUACCAGCCAAAUACCAAUCGUCUUUCUUUCUUAGCAAUAAAAAUAGUCAAAACACUAGAAAAAUCACCUUUUAUUUGACUGUUUAGUUAUCAAUAACCGCACCAUUGUAACUCAAGUGUUGAAAUAAUUCCGUGUUUCCAUACCAACUGAUUGAUAACUUGUCAAAAUUCGCUUUUUUCUUUUUCAUUAUCUUAACUGCAAUCGAGUUUUUUGUGGUGCGUUUUUAACUUUUUGA